AUGAAGUUAAGCCGCCAGUUCACCGUCUUCGGCAGCGCGAUCUUCUGUGUGGUGAUCUUUUCGCUCUACCUGAUGCUGGACCGGGGUCACCUAGACUACCCCAGGAGCCCGCGCCGCGAGGGUUCCUUUCCCCAGGGCCAGCUCUCAAUGUUGCAAGAAAAAAUAGACCAUUUGGAGCGUUUGCUAGCUGAGAAUAAUGAAAUCAUCUCAAAUAUUAGAGACUCAGUCAUCAAUUUGAGUGAGUCUGUGGAAGAUGGUCCGAAAAGUUCACAAGGCAAUUUCAGCCCAGGUGCUGGCUCACAUCUUCUGCCAUCGCGAUUAUCCCUCCCAGUUGACGCUAAAGACUGUCUCUUUGCUUCGCAAAGUGGUGGUCAGAAUUCAGAUAUCCAGAUGUUGGAUGUUUACAGUCUGAUUCCUUUUGACAAUCCAGAUGGUGGAGUUUGGAAGCAAGGAUUUCCCAUUUCGUAUGCAACUAAUGAAUGGGACACUGAGCCCCUUCAAGUCUUUGUGGUGCCUCAUUCCCAUAAUGACCCAGGUUGGUUGAAGACUUUCAAUGACUACUUUAGAGACCAGACUCAGUAUAUUUUUAAUAACAUGGUCCUAAAACUGAAAGAAGACUCAAGGAGGAAAUUUAUUUGGUCUGAAAUCUCUUACCUUUCAAAAUGGUGGGAUAUUAUAGAUAUUCAGAAGAAGAAUGCUGUUAAAAGUUUACUAGGAAAUGGUCAAUUGGAAAUUGUGACAGGUGGCUGGGUUAUGCCUGAUGAAGCUACUUCACAUUAUUUUGCCUUAAUUGAUCAACUAAUUGAAGGACAUCAGUGGCUGGAAAAUAAUCUAGGAGUGAAGCCUCGGUCCGGUUGGGCUAUUGAUCCUUUUGGACAUUCACCAACAAUGGCUUAUCUUCUAAAACGUGCUGGAUUUUCUCACAUGCUUAUCCAGAGAGUGCAUUAUGCAAUUAAAAAACACUUUGCAUUGCAUAAAACGUUGGAGUUUUUUUGGAGACAGAAUUGGGAUCUGGAAUCUGUCACAGAUAUAUUUUGCCACAUGAUGCCCUUCUACAGCUAUGAUAUCCCUCACACUUGUGGACCUGAUCCUAAAAUAUGCUGCCAAUUUGAUUUUAAACGGCUUCCUGGAGGCAGAUAUGCUUGUCCCUGGGGAAUCCCCCCAGAAACAAUACAUCUUGGAAAUAUCCAAAGCAGGGCUCAGAUGCUUCUAGAUCAGUACCGAAAGAAAUCAAAGCUUUUUCGUACUAAAGUUCUCCUGGCCCCACUAGGAGAUGAUUUCCGCUACUCUGAACAUACAGAAUGGGAUUUACAGUUCAAGAAUUAUCAGCAGCUUUUUGAUUAUAUGAAUGCUAAACCUGAGUUUAGAGUAAAGAUACAGUUUGGAACUUUAUCAGAUUAUUUUGAUGCUCUGAAUGAAGCAGAUAUAACUAGAAGAGAGAAUAGCCAAUUGGUGUUUCCUGUUCUAAGUGGAGAUUUUUUCACUUAUGCUGACCGAGAUGAUCAUUACUGGAGUGGCUACUUUACAUCCAGACCCUUUUACAAACGAAUGGAUAGAAUCAUUGAAUCUCAUUUAAGGGCUGCUGAAAUUCUUUACUAUUUCGCCCUGAAACAAGCUCAGAAAUACAAGAUAAAUAAAUUUCUUUCAUCGUCACAUUACACGACAUUGACAGAAGCCAGAAGGAAUUUGGGAUUGUUCCAACAUCAUGAUGCUAUAACAGGAACCGCCAAAGAUUGGGUGGUUGUGGAUUAUGGUACAAGACUCUUUCAUUCAUUGAUGGUUUUGGAGAAGAUAAUUGGAGAUUCUGCAUUUCUUCUUAUUUUGAAAGACAAACACACAUACAAUGCUUACUCUUCUGAUAACAUCCUAGAGAUGGAUUUGAAACAAAAAUCACAAGAUUCUCUGCCACACAAAAAUAUAAUAAAGCUGAGUGCGAAGCCAAGGUACCUUGUGGUCUAUAAUCCUUUAGAACAAGACCGAAACUCAGUCGUCUCAGUCUACGUGAGUUCCCCCACGGUGCAAGUACUCUCUGCUUCAGGAAAACCUGUCGAAGUUCAAGUCAGUGCAGUUUGGGAUGCAGCAAGUACUAUUUCACAAACAGCCUUUGAGGUAUCUUUUCUAGCACAUAUACCGCCAUUGGGACUGAAAGUGUAUAAGAUUUUGGACUCAGCAAGUUCACAUUCACAUUUAGCUGAUUAUGUCUUGUAUAAUGAUGAAACAGAAGAUAAAGGAAAAGGAAUUUUCAACAUGAAGAAAAUGAUAAGUACUGGAGAAACUAUAACUGUAGAGAACUCCUUUAUUGCACUUUGGUUUGGUCAAUCUGGGCUUAUGGAGAAAAUGAUAACUAAAGAAAACGGUAAACACCAUACAAUAAAUGUGCAGUUUUCAUGGUAUGGAACCUCGAGUAAAAGAGACAAAAGUGGAGCCUACCUCUUCUUACCUGAUGGUAAUGCCAAGCCUUAUGUUUACAGAACACUGCCAUUUUUCAGAGUGGUACAUGGAAGGAUUUAUUCAGAAGUGACUUGCUUUUUAGAACAUAUUACCCAUAGAGUCCGACUGUACAACAUACAGGGAAUAGAAGGACAAUCUGUAGAAGUUUCCAAUAUUGUGGACAUUCGAAAAGUAUAUAAUCGUGAGAUUGCAAUGAGAAUUUCUUCUGAAAUAAACAACCAAAAUAAAUUUUAUACUGACCUAAAUGGAUACCAGAUUCAACCUAGAAUGACAAUGAAAAAAUUGCCUCUUCAAGCAAAUGUCUAUCCAAUGACCACAAUGGCGUAUAUCCAGGAUGCUGAACAUCGUUUGACGCUGCUCUCUGCUCAGUCUUUAGGUGUCUCGAGUUUGCAUAGUGGUCAGAUUGAAGUUAUCAUGGAUCGAAGACUCAUGCAAGAUGAUAAUCGUGGCCUUGAGCAAGGUGUUCAUGAUAACAAAAUUACAGCUAAUUUAUUUCGAAUACUACUAGAAAAAAGAAGUCACCUUAAUACGGAAGAAGAAAAGUAUCCGGUCAGUUAUCCUUCCCUCCUUAGCCAUGUAACUUCUUCUUUCCUGAAUCAUCCAGUCUUUCCAAUGACAGAAAAGUUCACUGCACCCACCCUUGAGAUGCUGGAUGAAUUCUCUCCGUUACUGUCAUCUUUGCCUUGUGACACUCAUUUGGUUAAUCUGAGGACAAUACAGUCAAAGGAAAGCGGUGGGUAUUCUGAUGAAGCAGCCUUGAUCCUUCACAGGAAAGGGUUUGAUUGCCAGUUCUCUAGCAGAGACACGGGGCUGCUUUGUUCUACUACUCAGGGAAAGAUGUUGGUACAGAAAUUUUUUAAAGAGUUUACUGUUGAAAGUCUCAUCCCUUCAUCGUUAUCCUUGAUGCAUUCACCUCCAGUUGUCCAAAAUAUAAGUGAGAUCAACUUGAGUCCCAUGGAAAUCAGCACAUUCCGAAUCCGGUUGAGGUGAACCUGACUUUCACAUUUGGAUUGGGAAGCAUUGGCUUUUAUACACUUCUUGGUUUGACGUGCAAUAAAGAAGCACAUUAUUUUAGCUUCUGGCUACUGUGAGACAUGAAUUCUGUGAUUUUUUUUUUUUUUUAAAUUAGUACAGCAAGAAAAAAAAAAGCCAUGCUAUUAACCAGGUUUCUUUAAGUUCCUCCCAUGAAUCACCACCAUCAGCGUGAGUUGAUGCAACAAGUGAAGAAAUGUUUAAAGACAGCCUCUCAACAGAUUGUAUCUCAGGUUAAAUGUUAAUUAAAUAUGUCUGUGUUGGGGGUUGUGAAGAGAUUCUUAUAAGUAUUUGUGUACCUGACCCUUUGUUAGUUUUGUUAAAAAAAACCCAUUUGACCGAAAUGGAAUAAAAAACUGGUGGGUAAUAGCUAAUGGCCAAAAUGAUUGCAGUCAUUCAUACAAGCUAGAAAAAUUGUGUGUGGGAAUAAGUGGAAACGUGCAAUCCAUCAAUCCUUAUGGCAAGUUGAUUUUCACACCUUUUUUCUAAUGAACCUCUUGACCCUUCCCUUCCCACCCUUUGUAUUUCCAGAAAUAACUGAUUUUGAAUCAUUCAACAGUAGAAAAAGAGGCAUAUUUUCAUUACUUGACAAUAUGGGAUAGGUGCAAUUUAUUCCAUUGUCACUAAAAUAGAAGAAGCAAUUCCAUAGGUACCAUAAACCUAUUUUAGGUACCACAAGGUGUCUUUUUACACAGCUCAUUUGAAUACAGGUGUUCUGAGAUGGGGUUUCUAUUUUUAAAUUACCAU